AUGAAUAUUGCACAACUUUUAUAUAUCUCGUGUGUGGUUAUCACAUCGAUCGGUGUGAUCGAUGUGAUCGAUGCCGUGGACUAUAUAAUACGCUUCGAGACGAAGAAGUCGCGCUGCCUGAAUCCCCCCAGGACCGCCCGCAAGGUGGAGUCCGUCAUCAGAGACUGCCAGGACGAGGUCAAGACCAAGCUAGUGAAUGAGGCCUAUGAAAUACUGAAGGAGCAGGUGUCGCACGAUCGGCCACCCAUCGAUGCCAACGAUGAUGCCAUCGACUUUAUCGGGUCCUCACACAUAGAACUGGAGCAUCCACCAGACCAUGAGCCCGCCCUAAAUGCCAGCCACUACGAAUAUAUAUUAUUCGAUGAGCCCGAACCACAGCGCCGCAUGUCGCGGCUCAUGAAGAACAUUCGACGUCUGGAUGUGGCCCGUUCGGGCAUUUAUCAUCCCACUCUGGUGCCGCUGGAGGAUAAGCGCAUAGCGGGGUGUCUGCUGCACUGCGUCUAUGCCAAGAACCAUGCCAUCGAUCAUAUGGGCUGGCCCACACUGGACGGACUGGUGCAAUUCUACUCGGAGGGCGUCCAUGAGCACGGAUUCUUUAUGGCCACACUGCGGUCGGUGAAUCUCUGCCUGCGGGCCAUGACCACCAAGUACCGUGUCAAUCGCAAGACGCUGCCGCAGAAAGGUGAAAGCUGCGAUUUGGCUUUCGACGUCUUCGACUGCAUAUCGGACCAAAUUACAGGCUAUUGCCUGGAUCAGUAUAGCCGGUAUUAG